AUGGUAGCUGGCCUCAACGACCGGGACAAGCAAGAGCUCCAACAAUUCGUCCAGAGUGAAUCGCAGAAAGCGCAGAUACAGUCGGCGAUACAUAGCUUGACCGACAUGUGCUUCAAGAAAUGUGUCACGGGCAGAGUGGCUUCUGGCAAGCUGGACCGCUACGAAGAGCCGUGCAUGCAGAAUUGCGUGGACCGCUACAUGGACGCGAACAUGCUGGUUCUGAGGCAUUUGGAUCAGCUUCGCGCAUCGCAGUAG